ACUCCACAUAAAGAGAUAAAAGACAACCCACUUGUUUUUGAAAUAGAUAGAGAUGAUUAUAAGCGAGUUAUGGUUGAUUGUUUUCUUGUAAUUUGGCAAGCUGGCGAAAGUGAUGAAUUUUUAAUGACAAACAACGGAUUUGGAAUCUUUGAAGGGGUGUCCGGAGAAUCAGCUGAAGGAUUACCCUUUCAAUUUCCCUACCAUCGUUUUUACGUUAUCUCUCCAAAGUUAGUAUUAGUUCUCUGUCAUUCUUUAUUCCGAGAAGGAACAUUUGGUAAAUCCAUGUUGUACGAGAAAAUGGGAUUUCGUCGCUCUUUGUUUGAUAAUGACCCUCAUCCACCGGCAACACCAAAUUACGUUGGCAAAGCAGAUGCCUCUCAGAAUGCUCAAAGUUCUAACAUGCCAUUUGACUUAUUUAUGCAUGAAAAGGGUCUCAAAAGG